AUGUUUGAAUUGCUGAAAGGCAUAUGCGUGUUGCUGGCCGAGACCCUCUACAUUGUCGGCGGUGAAUUUUUUUACAUACGCGAAGAUGGAUUGGCCGUGGGAUAUCCCUACAACUCGACCUACUCUCUCGAUCUCUCCACCUCAUGGUCGCCCAAGGAUGUACGCUUCAACAUGAUCGAUAAUGGCGACAGUCCCGUUUUCAAUCGUCCGAGCCUCUGGCCAGCGCCAGACGGUGAGUCGUUCUACUCCUUCAACGGCGAUGUUAGCCAGGCGGGACACUACACAAUAAGAGACCCACCUCCUACCUCACAACUUUGGCAGUUCACGCCCGAUGGAAAAAGCAACGGUACAUGGAGUCUGGCUGGGACAGCGCCGUCACUGAUUCAAGUCCAGACCGCAAGAUCGACUUUCGGAAACGGCUCCGCAUACAUUUUAGGUGGCUUUACAGAUUGGAGGACAACCAGACUCUAUGGCUAUGAUAAUACCUACAUUGGCUCUGGAAACGGAAUCGUCUCUUAUAGCAUGAAUAGCCAAACAUGGCAGAAUCAGAGUAUGGCCGGUGUCGCUCCCACCGGUUGGUGGUAUGAAGGUGAGCUGCAUUGGGUUGACAACCUUGGCGGCUCUGGGCUAGUUGUUGCUUUGGGAGGCGUGACGGCCCAACCCCUGCCUCAAUCAGCAGGAGAGACAUUGGUCCCAUUCGAUUAUGUAUCCUUCUUCAACCCUGUUACGGGAGAGUGGCGGAAUCAGUCAACUACUGGAGCGAUACCUACGCCGCGUCGACGUGCUUGCUCUGUCGGAGUUCUGGGUGACAAUGGGACGUACGGGAUAAUCCUCCACGGCGGCUCCAUCCUCCCCGCAGACACUCACUUCGAGACCGUCCCGCAAGCGACAAUCGACCUCGACCAGGUCUGGGUGCUUUCCCUCCCCUCUUUCACCUGGUAUAAAUCCAACUACCAGCCCGCCAAUGCCCGAUUUCUUCACACUUGCAACGUCCCUGGCAACCCGCCUCGUUGCCAGAUGGUUGCCGUCGGUGGGAUAAUACCUCAACUUGAAUAUUACUUGGAGCCUAGGGAUCCUUGGCCGCAAGGGCUCGGCAUCUUUGACUUGACGGAGAUGCAGUGGAGAGACAACUACGACGCGAAUGCCGACGCGUACGAAACGCCGAGAAUGGUCAAGGAUGGGAUUGCCAAGGAAGGCAUGUAUCCAAAGGAGUGGGAUAGCCCGGAAGUGCCCUGGAACCGGAGGCAGCAAAAAGGCCGCCAUCGCCGGCGGAGUCGUCGGCGGCGUGGUUGGUGCCGGUGUCCUGCUGGCUGGACUGAAAAUGGCCCUGCGAAAGAGAAAACAACGCUUGCACCAUCUUUGCGCUCAAAGAACGGUUAUGAGAAACCGGAACUUGAAGCGGCCGCCGCACCACCCGGCUCAACUCAAACUGGGGCUCCGCAGCGUGCACAUAACCACGCGGAGCUUAACAACGAUCCGCUGACGGCAGCGGAGCUGGCGGCACCGAAUAACCGACCAGUCCAUGAGAUGUAG